CUUCGAGUUUGCAAUUUUUCCGGAAGCGUACCAAGCUCAAUAGUUAAUUUGACCCAGCUAACAAUGCUGGAUCUUUCUUUUAAUUCUCUCAACGGGGAGAUUCCACCAUCUAUUUUCAGUCUUCCUAUAUUAACUCACCUUGAUCUCUCUUUCAACCAGCUUUCUGGCCCUAUACACGGCCAUGUAUCUCCCUCAAUUUGCAAUGCCACAGAGCUGGAUGCCCUUGAUCUAUCAUAUAACUACCUUAAUGGCCCGAUUCCACCUUGUUUUAUAGAAAAUAUCCACUUACGUGUUUUAAAUUUGAGGCAGAAUCGCUUGCAAAGGAUGCUGCCUUCCAAUAUAACAACAAGAUGUCAUUUACAGACGAUAGAUUUACAUGGCAAUAAGAUCGAAGGGAGGCUUCCUAGGGGCCUUUCUAACUGUACAGACUUGGAGGUUAUAGACUUUGGAAGCAACAAAAUAGCUGAUGCUUUUCCUUGGUUGAGGGGGCUUCCCAAGCUUUUUGUACUCGUCCUGAGAUCAAACCAAAUGUAUGGCACCAUAGGUGAUAUUGUUGGGGACACAAAAUGUGAGGAAUGUUUCCCUAGCUUGCAAAUUAUCGAUCUUGCCUCAAACAACUUCUCUGGUACUUUGAGGCCACAAUGGUUCAAGCAGUUAAAGUCAAUGAUGGCAGAGUUUAAUAGUUCUGGGAAAACUCUCGAAACUCUAAACACCUUACACGGAGAAGAACGUUUCUAUCAAUAUUCUAUUGAGAUCAUGUACAAGGGGGAAGAUAUGCGAUUUGGAAUGACUACCGUAACAGCAAUUGACUUCUCAAAAAAUAGUUUGGAGGGUACUAUUCCUGAAACAUUUGGAAGCCUUGUAUCACUACGCGUACUGAAUCUGUCACACAAUGCCUUCACUGGAAAAAUUCCAGCCCAACUUCGAAGCAAUGACUGAUUUGGAGUCACUAGACCUGUCCUGCAACCAACUCUCAGGGGACAUUCCACAAGAGCUAACUGAUCUCACCUUUCUUGGCUCCCUAAACUUGUCAUGCAAUCACUUGGUGGGGAAGAUACCGCAGUCACGUCAGU